UUUCAGCGUAUCGAAACGCUUUAGCAAUUUGGACCUCGGGUCCCCAAACUCCUCUUUCAAUUCAAUUAACAAUUCCCCAUAUUUCAGGUCUGAUAAUUUUCGUGGCAAUAAUUUUUGGGCAAUUUUAGAAUAUUCGGGACCACCUAAUUUCGCAAUAAGCAAUCUAGCUUUCAUUUCAUCACUCAAUGUGGCCCCCUCAAUUUCAAAGUACGAUUUGUACUUAUCGUACCACGUUUCGAACGUGAAUGCCCUUGGAAUAUCACAAUGGAACUCAGAAAUCAAUUUAUGCAAUUUACCAUAUAGCGCUGCUCCUUCUUGAUGAAGCGAAGUUGCACUAUCAAUAUUCGGCGUAUUGCCCAAUUUUUUCAACAAUUCUGCAAUCUGAUUUUGCUGUAGCAUUAAUUGUUUGUUUUGGUGUUCCUGAAGUUCCUUUUGCUGUUGAUUGA